UUCCUUUUGGUUAGAAAUUAGUCACCAUUCAUUCACAAGGGAACAUAAAUCACGAUGUUAAAGAGAAUGCUUCAGAUUCCAUGCCAAAUUUAAAAGCAAGCAAGCAGAUAAAGGGUCAGUACAAAGUUUAACGUUGUAGGAGAAACAUGGCUCACCGCUCUAUCCAACCGUGUUUGCUGUUGCUAUCGUGUGUGUCUUUUAUAAUUGGUGUAAACGGGCUUAAUUAUUGCUUUCAUUCUCUCAAUGCUUUCGGAGCAAUGUGGAAACGUACUAUUUCAGGUACUCUAGGGAUAAUAUGUCUACUGCUUUCAUUGGUGACGGUCCGCAUUUCGACACUACGAAUAGCUGAUGGACAUACGGUCAUCACAGCUAUACUCCACUACGUACUUAUCAACUGCACCUUACUCAGAAAUGAACUACGCAUGCGUGAUUAUCAUUCAGCGUGGAGAAAUCCACGUGAAGCACAGGAGAAACUCCUGCAGGACAUCAUCCAAAAAAACGGUGACACAGUUUACGGGCGACAACACAAGCUGAAAGACGUUCAUUUUCUAAAUGAUCUAAGGAAGACACAUCCUCUGACUACAUACGACCAUUAUCGCUCAUACAUCGACAGAAUGGCAAUUGGAGAGAAAGGUGUGUUAACUUCUGAGGCACCAAUGCGCUUUGCUCUCACCUCCGGUACUACGGGCAAGGCUAAAAUGUGGCCCUAUCUCAAAUCAUAUAUAUCAGAUUCAUACAAGAUCAUGUACGGUUUGGUCAGUGCUAUCACGUUUAAGACCUUCAACGAGAGGAGUCUGUUGCAACAAGAUAUUUGGCUUUACACUGCUCCAAAAACAAGAUUCACCGAAGGAGGUAUCUUAAUGGGACUUGGGUCGUUUAUUAAGUCCUUUGAGCAUGCUGUAGAGUCCAAAACUGCAGAUAACACGGAUCGGCUGUAUUACCUGGACCAAUACACUAGAGGGGAAGCAAACUCCAUUGUCAAGAGCUGUAUGUAUGGACCAAGUGAAGCAGGCUACCUAAAGGCAAAGGAGCUGCUAAGGAAAAAGUUUGGAGAUAAACAUAAGAUAAUGGAAGCUAUGAUGAAUAAAGCUUCACAAUGGCCUGAAAUCAAGUCAGAAGAUGGAGAGGAGCUUCACAAGUACUCCACAUUCAUAACUGAGUUGCAUAACAUGGCGAUAGAUUUGAACAUGGAAAUGGAAGUGAAUCACACACAAAAUGUAAAGAUGGUCAUAGGAAGGUUGCCUUUUAAGUUGAGAGAUAAGUGGAGGUACAAAGCUGAUGACAUUGUAGAAGAACGGCAAAGGAGAAUUACAUUUGGUGAUGUGCAGGCCUUCAUUGCCAAACAGACCAGGAUUAUGACAAACCCAGCCUACGGGGACCUGAAAUACACACAGUCACAGAGUCAGGGAAGAACACCUGGAAGGCUUGGAAAGUCUGCAGCUCCACAUAAAGCCAGCCUUAACACGGCUAUGAGACAAGACACAAAGACAAGUGGCAAUGGUCAAGAGUUUGCACAUACAGCCAGCAAUGACACAACUAUGAAAGUUGGAAUAAUGGAAGGAGGAAAAGAAAUCUGCACUUUCUGUAAUGAUGAGAGCCACCAAAUCGAGGAAUGUAAGGUGUUAUCAUCACAGCCUUAUGAUGACAGGAUAACCUUCUGUAAGAAAACUGGGCUAUGUUUCAGCUGUCUAAAGAAGGCCAGGCAUAUUGCCAAAGAUUGCAGAAGGAAAUUAAAAUGCAGCAAAUGUAACAGACUGCAUCCGACAGCAUUACACAGAGACUGGAAGGGUAAUUCUAACAGUAACAGUCAAGAUAGCAACAAUGCUGACAGGCAACAUGUCAGACUGCAGCCCCAAGAGGCAGAAGCAUCGUUCACCCCUUCAGUAGUGACACAGAUAAACAAUCAUGAAAAUGAUGAUGGAAAUGUAGAUGAUGGCCAACAAGCAACGGCGAGGAAUAUCAAGUGCAGUUAUAUUGAUUCCAGAGCUGAGUCAGCUGACGUACUACCUGGAAUAGUCCCAGUGCUGAUUCGUUCACAAGACACACAGGUCCAACUGAAGACAUAUGCAUUGAUUGAUUCAGGAAGCAAUGCAGUAUUUUGCACGGAUGAAUUGGCAAGAGACCUGAAGGUUAAAGGGAAAAAGAUGAACAUUCACAUGUCAACCAUGACAGAUGAGAAGGUGGUGUCAAGCCAUAUCAUAAGUAAUCUGGAAAUUACUGAUUUACAUGGACAGAACAGCAUAAACCUCCCUGAAGUAUAUGCUCGAGAGCAGAUACCAGUGUCAGAAGAUGACAUACCAAGAGAAGGAGACCUCGUGAAAUGGCCAUACCUUCAAGACAUCCAGCUACCGACCUCAGAUGAAGAUGUGCAUGUUGGUCUGUUAAUAGGAAGUAACAUUCCAAGGGCCAUGGAACCAGUCGAGGUCAUAAAUAGUGAAGUACCUAACGGCCCUUUCGCAUGUAAGACAGCUCUUGGCUGGAUAGUGUACGGAGCAACUAAGGAUCAGGCCAAGCAACAUACAAUUCAUUCUCACAGAGUAAAGGCCAAGACAAACAUUGAUCAACAACUCGAAAGUCUGUUCAAUCAGGACUUUAAUGAGCGAAUUAUCAACGACAAACAAGAGAAGUCGCAAGAGGACUUGUCCUUCAUCAAGAAAGUUGAAAAGUCAAUUAAGCAGCAAGAUGAUGGACAUUUUGAAAUUGGUUUGCCUAUGAAAAGAGAGGAAGUUAAACUUCCUAACAAUAGGAGUCAGGCAACGCAGAGGGCGGCUCACUUGAAGAAAAGGUUUGAGAGGCAGCCAGAUUUCAGACAGGACUACACCGAAUUUGUGACCAAGAUGCAGAACAAAGGUUAUAUGGAGAGGGUGCCCGAACAUGAAACCAAGAGGGAUGAUGGCCGUGUUUGGUAUUUACCACACCAUGGAGUCGUACACCCACAGAAGAAGAAACUUAGAGUCGUCUUUGACUGCUCGGCCGAAUUUGGAGUGUUCUGUCUCAACCGAGAGCUGUUACAGGGGCCGGAUCUAACUAACACACUGUUUGGAGUUUUGACAAGGUUUCGGCAAGACAAAGUGGCCUUGAUGGCGGAUAUUGAAGGCAUGUUUUCGCAAGUUCGAGUACCCAAAGACGACAGAGAUCUCCUUCGCUUUCUUUGGUGGGAGAAAGGAGACAUUGAGCAGCCCUUGACUGACCAUAGAAUGAAAGUACAUGUAUUCGGAGCAGUAUCAUCCCCAUCAUGCGCUAACUUUGCGCUGAAGAGAGCAGCUCAAGAACAAGCAGACAGUUUCUCAAAUGAAGUCACAAGCACAAUUCAGAAGAAUUUCUACGUAGAUGACUGUUUGUUCUCAACUCCCAGUGUACAACAGGCAGUUAAAUUGGCAACAGAUGUAACAGCUGCAUGUGAAGGGAGAGGAUUUCAUCUUACCAAGUGGGUUUGUAACGAACCAGAGGUAAUGAAGACGAUUCCAGAAAAGGAAAAGGCAAAGAGUGUUCAAGAUCUGAGCUUAGACAACAAGAAUCAAGUCACAGAAAGGGCCCUUGGCAUCAUAUGGUCCACAAGUGAAGAUACAUUUGGUGUCAAGAUAGAUCUGAAGGCCAAACCGCUGACAAGAAGGGGGAUUUUAUCCACAGUGAGUUCUGUGUUUGACCCUUUGGGCUGUGUAUCACCAGUGGUGCUGCCAGCAAAACAGCUCCUACAGACAUUGUGCAGAUCUCAACUAGGAUGGGAUGCAGAAAUUCCAAGUGAGCUGAUGAGGAAAUGGCUACAAUGGAGGACUGAGUUACCAAAGCUCAUGCAAUUCAAGAUGGAUCGAUGUCUGAAGCCAGACGGCUUCGCACCACAAUCAGUCACCCUGCAUCAUUUCUCCGAUGCGAGCGAAAAGGGCUAUGGUGUUGUCUCAUACCUCAGAUGGGAAAAUGAAGACGAGGUACAGAUGAAAUUCGUAACAAGUAAGGCAAGAGUGGCACCAUUGAAAGAGGUAUCCAUUCCCAGAAUGGAGUUGACAGCAGCGAAUGUAGCAGUGAGGAUAGACCACAUGAUCAAGCAGGAGCUAGAUAUUCCUAUUGAGGAAACAUACUUCUGGACAGAUAGUCAGACUGUACUUGGAUACAUCAAUAACAGUACUGCUAGAUACAAGACUUUCGUGGCAAAUAGACUAGCCGUGAUUCGUGAUGGAUCAAAGCCUUCGCAGUGGCGAUAUGUUGAGUCUUCGCUCAAUCCAGCAGACAUAUGUUCGAGGGGAAUAACAGUGGACAAGUUUCUUGAACUUGAAUAUUGGAAGGAUGGACCAGCUUUCCUUCGGCACCCAGAGAAGGAGUGGCUUGCAACGAGUGAAGUCCCUCAUUGCAAAUUGAUAGAUGAGUUGGAAGUAAAGAAAUCCUGCCUUGCCACUGAAGUUACCCCAGAGAAAGAAGUGCCAAACCACACUCAUGAAGUGAUUCAUCACUACUCAGACUGGAUUAGGAUGAAGAGAGCAGUGUGUUGGCUGAGAAGAUUCAUAAGAUGGAUCACAUUGAAAUCUGAGGCCAAAGAUGUGUCCGAAGGUGACAGUUUGAAAGGACGGAUUACACUCCAGGAAAUGGACGCAGCUGAGAUGGUGAUCCUGAAGUUUGUGCAAAAGGAAAAUUUUGCACAGGAAAUCAAAUGUCUGGAAAGCAAGGACCCCUCUGGGGUACAAAGAGGAAGACAGAAACCAGGAGUGAAGAAAACCAGUCCAAUCUAUAAGCUUGAUCCAGUGCUUGAUGAGGGACUGUUAAGAGUGGGAGGAAGACUCCAGAAGAGUUCCCUACCAGACAAUGCAAAGCACCAAGUAAUUCUCCCAAAGAAAGGGCAUGUCUCAAAGUUGAUCCUGGAGAAUCUACAUAAAAUGUCAGGACAUAUGGGGAGGAAUUACAUGCUGUCCAGCCUUCAUCAGAAAUACUGGAUGCCCAGUGCCAAGGCAGCUAUCGGGAGAAUGAUCAGCAGCUGUAUUUCUUGCAGACGCCAUAGAGCUAAGAUUAUGCAACAGAAGAUGGCAGAUCUGCCAGCUGAUCGAGUGAGACCUGAUGAACCCCCCUUUACGAAGGUUGGAAUUGAUUACUUUGGACCAUUGGUGGUGAAGAGAGGGCGAUCAGAGGUAAAAACAUAUGGAGUGAUGUUCACCUGCUUAGCUAUCAGGGCAAUACAUAUAGAGAAGGCCGAGAGUCUGAGCACUGACUCAUGCAUUGCUGCCAUUAGGAGAUUCAUCGCCAGACGGGGAACAGUAAAAGAAAUGAGGUCAGAUAAUGGCACAAACUUGAUCGGAGCACAAAGAGAACUAAAACGUGAGAUUGAGAACUGGAAUCAGGCUCAGAUCAGUGAUGCUAUGUUGCAGCGCAACAUCCAGUGGACAUUCAACCCUCCGGGUGGCUCCCAUCACGGUGGCGUGUGGGAGCGUCAAAUUCGUACUGUGAGGCAGGUGCUCUUCAACUUGGUUAGGCAACAAAGACUGGACGAUGAAGGUUUACAGACCUUCCUGUGUGAAGCUGAAGGUAUCAUCAAUGGGAGGCCUAUAACCAAAGCCUCAAAUGACCCUAACGACUUGGAAGCAUUAACGCCAAACCAUUUGCUUCUGAUGAAGUCCCAACCAGCACUACCUCCGACAAUAACUAGAGAAACUGAUAUCUAUGUAAGAAGAAGAUGGCGACAGGUCCAGUACAUGUCGGAUCUGUUCUGGCGCAGAUGGACGAAGGAGUAUCUACCCCAGUUACAGCAAAGGCAGAAGUGGGUGGAGCCACAUCGCAAUCUUCAGGUGGACGACUUGGUGCUCGUGGUAGAUCAGACAAUACCACGAAACUUUUGGUUGCUGGGCCGAGUUUCUCGAGUACUUCCUGAUGCUGAGGGCUUGGUUCGAAGAGCAGAGGUGAAGACGAAAUUGGGCGUCUACUUAAGGCCGAUCAGCAAGCUGUGCUUCAUAUUGGAAGGGGACGCGUAA